AUGGCCUCAAGCAAGUCCAUGGAAUGGAACGGAAACCACUCCUCUGUGGCCGUGUUCAUCCUCCUGGGUCUCUCAGGUGACAAGGAGCUGCAGCUCAUCCUCUUCCCGAUAUUCCUAGGAAUCUAUCUUGUGACUCUCAUCUGGAACUUGGGCCUCAUCUUCCUGAUCAGGAUGGACCCCCACCUGCACAUACCCAUGUAUUUCUUUCUCAGUGUACUGUCAUUCAUCGAUGUUUCCUUUUCUUCUUCUAUCAGCCCGAGGAUGCUUGCAGAUUUCUUCCAGGAUGAAAAGACAAUUUCCUUCCUUGACUGUGCUGUUCAGUAUUUUAUCUUCACCUGGAUGGGUAUCUCUGAGUGCUGUCUCAUGGCUGUGAUGGCCAUAGAUCGAUAUGCAGCCAUUGGCAAGCCUCUGCAAUACUCAGUCAUUAUGUCUCCUGGCGUCUGUGGGAGGAUGGUUGCCGGGGUCUACACCACGGCUUUUCUUAGUAGCUUAGCUCAAACCAUCUCUUGCUUUAGUCUCUACUACUGUGGUCCGAAUGUCAUUCAGCAUUUCUUCUGUGACUUUCCUCAGAUUAUUCCCCUGUCUUGCUCUGAUUCCUUCAUCAGUGAAACAAUUCUUCUUCUGGCAGCUAUUUUUUUUGUCUUUGGCUCCUUUCUUGUUACUCUCUUGUCCUAUGGUUUUAUUGCAGUUUCCAUCUUGAAUAUGUCCUCAGGUAAAGCUAGUGCGAAGGCCUUUAAUACCUGUGCCUCCCACCUGACAGCUGUGACGCUUUUCUUUAGCACAGUCCUCUCCGUGUACAUGCGCCCCAACUCCAGUACAGUCACCAAACAGGACAAGGUGCUAUCGGUCUUCUAUGCAAUCGUUAUCCCCAUGUUAAACCCUCUGAUUUAUAGUUUGAGAAACAAGGAGAUCAAGGCUGCCAUCAAGAGGGCUAUAAAGAAAGCAAAGUGUUAA